CCCCGCGUGAACCUUUUUCACUUCUUCUUCUUCUUCUUCUUGUUUUCACUUUCAGUCUCAUUUGCCUUGCCAUUUCUAGUACCCUACCCCAUUCCUCUUUCUCCUCCAACAAAAUUCAAAAAGAAACCACUCAUUUCUGAAAUAAAUUCAACUCUCAACAGAUCGCUUCUUCUUCCCAUGGAAAUCCACCGGAAAUUCAAAUUCCGGCCGCCGCCGCCACCUGCUUUUCCGGGCUGAAUGCACAGAACUCGAUGCUUCUUCAUUGGAGGCCAGACGGCAACGAAGAAGAACAAGAACAUGUAAUCAAACAAACACAAGAAGAGUUUCCAAUUUCCAUCACCAGUCACACUCAUAACUCUGUUUCUGCUUCUUCUCUACUUGCAAUGGCGGCUACUGCACCUUCUGCUGACUCAGCUUCAGCCGAUGAACUCACUGUAAAAGCUGUACAGAAGCGCUACGAUGGUUUGGUCACGGUUCGAACCAAAGCUGUGAAGGGUAAAGGGGCUUGGUACUGGGCGCACCUUGAACCCAUGCUGGUUCACAACGCCGAUACAGGGCUACCCAAAGCGGUGAAGCUCAAGUGCUCUCUCUGCGACGCCGUAUUCUCCGCUUCCAACCCCUCUCGCACCGCCUCUGAGCAUCUUAAGCGCGGAACCUGCCCCAAUUUCCACUCCGCAGCCAAACCCAUAUCCUCUGUAUCUCCUGGCGGCGCUACUGUCUCGUCGCCUCCUUCUCCGGCGAACCACAGUCAGCGGAAGAGAACCUGCUCUGCGGGCCCUACCUCAUCGUACCACGUCCCGCCGCUGGUGGAUCCGUGCUUGGAGCUCGCGUACGCGCCGGCGAGUUUGCUUCCUCCGCAGCAGCAACCGCAUUUGAUGCUGUCCGGUGGGAAGGACGAUUUGGGAGCUCUGGCGAUGUUGGAAGACAGUGUGAAGAAGCUGAAGAGUCCUAAAACUUCUCCGGGGACAUCUCUGAGCAAAAUCCAAGUCGACACCGCGUUUGAUUAUCUCGCUGACUGGGUUUACGAGUCUUACGGCUCGGUUUCUUUCUCCGGUUUGGAGCACCCUAAGUUCAGAGCAUUCCUGAACCAGGUUGGUUUGCCGCCGGUGUCUCGCCGAGACUUCACCGGUUCCAGAUUGGAUACCAGGUUCGAGGAAGCCAAGGCAGAUUCAGAAGCUCGAAUCAGAGACGCCAUGUUCUUCCAAAUAGCCUCUGAUGGCUGGAAACAGAGGAAUCACGGUGAAGAAAAGCUGGUUAACAUGACUGUGAAUCUCCCUAAUGGAACCAUUUUGUACAGAAGAGCAGUGUUUGUUCCUGGUUCUGCUCCUUCCAAUUAUGCAGAAGAUGUUUUGUGGGAGACAAUCACUGGCAUUUGCGGGAAUGUCCUGCAACAAUGUGUUGGGAUAGUUGCAGACAAGUUCAAUGCUAAGGCUUUGAGAAACUUGGAGAAUCAGAAUCAUUGGAUGGUUAAUCUCUCUUGCCAGUACCAAGGCUUCAUUAGUUUAAUCAAGGACUUCACCAAAGAAAUCCCCUUGUUCACCACCGUGUCUGAGAGUUGUUUUAAGCUCGCGAAUUUCAUCAAUUACAAAUCUCAACUAGUUCGGAAUAGUUUUCACAAGUAUCAAAUGCAAGAGCACGGGCACGCGUGGCUAAUCAGAAUGCACUCUUUUGAGGACUUCAACUUUGGUUCUGUGUAUACAAUGAUGGAGGACAUUUUGAGCUCAGCUCGUGCUUUAGAGCAUGUUCUGCUUGAUGAACCGUUCAAGAUUGCUUCGAUUAAAGACGCGAGCGCGAGAGAAGUUGGGGAUAUAAUUCGAGACGUGGGGUUCUGGAAUGAUCUUGAAGCAGCCCACUCGUUGAUUAAACUGGUGAAGGACAUGGUUUGUGAGAUUGAGACAGAAAGGCCACUUGUUGGACAAUGUCUUCCCUUGUGGGAUGAAUUGAGAGCAAAAGUGAAGAUUUGGUGCUCCAAAUUUCAAUUUUCAGAAGCAUUGUUGGAGAAAGUUAUUGAGAAACGGUUCAGGAAAAACUACCACCCUGCAUGGGCUGCUGCAUACAUUCUUGACCCACUUUAUCUGGUGAGGGACACCAGCGGCAAGUACCUUCCGCCAUACAAGUUUUUGGCGCCGGAGCAGGAGAAGGACGUGGACAAGCUCAUAACGAGGCUUGUCUCACGAGAUGAGGCGCACGUUGUGUUAAUGGAGCUCAUGAAAUGGAGAACACAAGGGCUUGAUCCUGUGUACGCGCGAGCCGUGCAGAUGAAGGAGAGAGAUCCUGUAACUGGAAAGAUGAGGAUUGUGAAUCCACAAAGCAGUAGGCUUGUUUGGGAGACUUAUUUAACAGAAUUCAGGUCCUUAGGGAGGGUUGCAGUGAGGUUAAUAUUCCUACAUGCAACCUCGCGUGGCUUCAAAUGCAAUUGGCCUUUGCGGUUAGGACACUCCAGGGUAGCACUGGAGAGGGCGCAGAAGUUGAUAUUUAUCGCAGCUCAUUCGAAAUUGGAAAGGAGGGAUUUUUCCAGUGACGAAGAUAAGGAUGCAGAGCUGUUUGCCUUGGUCAAUGGUGAGGAUGAUGUGUUGAAUGAGGUCUUUUUGGAUACAUCCUCAGUGUAAUAACAAAUUUUGUGUUAUUUAAUCGGUUAGGAAUUUUCAAUUUUUAGGAUUUAUUGAAUUCUUUCCACAACCUUCUUCCUUUUCCUGUGUCUUCUUUAAGUGGUUCACCAUAGCAUGAUUUGUUUCCCAGUUUUUAAAUAUGCAGGUAAAGGCUACCUUUAUCUUGUUGUUUGUAAAGCAAUGUGAAGCUAGAGAAAAGGGCAUGACCAGUCAGAAUGGGAAGUGUGUUGUAGAAAUUGUACGUUCCUCUAGUGAUUUUAGAUUAAUAAUAUUUGUAAAGGGGAAAUUUUAAGCAUUCCUCCUUUAUCUCUGAGAAA